AAAUUCGACUUUUUUACUUAAUUUAAAGCUAAAUUUAAUUCUGUUUACCAUGGGUUGAUAAAUGGAGACUUUCUUAACGUCGCAGGAAUGCAGGAGAUAAGAAUUUUAGGGCAUUUUGGCGUCUCAUUCUUCUUUAUUCGAAGUUUUAUACCUGAUUGAAGUAAUAACUUAAAUAGAGAUGGAAGUUGAAAAAGGAGAGAAGGAAGGCAAGACUGAAGAAGCAGUGAGAAGACCAGUCAAGCCACAGUUAAAAAAACAUAUGUCCUCUACAUUCAUUCCCAUGAUUGGAGGAUACAUGUCAGACGAUGAGCUUAAACAUCAUGUCGACCAUCAACUGUCACUCGAACAAAAAAAGUAUGAACCUGAGGAAGAACCAAUAGCUGAAGAACAGGAGAAAAAGAAAAAGAAAGUGAAAUUUAAAAAGAACAAAACCAUAAGCAGUGAUGAGGAAGAUGAGAAAGACGAAAAGAGAAGAGAAUACAGAGAAGGGUUACGUGAUCGCAUGCUCGAAGAUCUUGAGUUGCUCAGAGACUACUACAAAAGGAUUUAUAAAAGAGCUUUGAAAGAAAAAGUAUCAAACCAACACAGAGAGUUCAAAACAAGGAAUAAGAAAGCAGUAGAAAAAGAGAGACGGCUAARAGAGAAGGAGGAAAAAGAUAGACACAAAGUUGUCAUAAGACUUCCUAAAUCCAAAGUAAUGAAUGACCGGAGCUACAAAGAAGAUAUACAAGAAACUGUUUAUCAUAAGAUCAUUAAACUAGAGCAUCAGCUCAAGAAGCAAGGCUACCUGUCGAAAGUCUUUGAGAUCAAAGCCUUCUGGGACUUUAUUCUAUGUCCGGGCAAUCUGGAAGAAGUCAUGCAAAAAGGAAAGCUCAGUUGGGAAGAUAUUCUACAGUACGAGAGAACCCACCGUGACACCCUGAUGUCCAGUACGGAAGAGACCCAACACAAAUGGACUAAUAGUGACAUUAACAAGAUGAUUGCUGAUAAUGCCCGCCCAUCAUGGCACAACAGCAAGCAUGCACGCUCUAACGUAUUCACGCCAUCUGGUUUGACAGACAUUUCGAGCAGUCAGAGUGGCCGAGGACAGUCUGCACCGACAAGUAAACAGAAGUCUAUCACUAAUGCACAGUCUAAUGGAGCUUUGACAUUUGACCAGAAGUUCCCUAAGGUCGAGUUUCCACCAUUAGCAGCGUACAGGCUAGUGUUUGGGGAACAGGAACCAGAUCCAGAAGAGAUUGAAAGAGAAUUAGAAAUACAGAGGAAAGAAGAAGCCAAGCGCGACACACGAAAUAAACUCCUCACCAUGUUCUCACAUGCGCUGGCCAACAGAGCAGCCACACAAAGGUUAAUUGAGAGAAAUGAAGAGUACAGUUUUAACCAGCUCGUAGAUACCUCCUCAGUUAAGGAACUAAUGUACUAUGAAAACGAAAGAAAACCCAAGGUACAGCUGACCACCAAAACACUGCAGGCUCAUGACAGAUUAUCAUCACCGCCUCACGCCAUUAAGAAGAAAG